AUGGCUUUAAGCUUUUGCUCCGACUGGGGGUCCUUUGAGCAUCAUCUCAGUCCAGAAAUCAUGAGCAGCUUCCAACAAAUGCAUGAUGAUCCAGAGAUGGCAGCGGAAGUCCUCAUGACUUUUGACGAAAUCUUUCCUCAAGUUGAACUCCAGUCCUACGGUCAGUACCCGAAGCGCCAGAAGUUCAGCUGUGGAAAUUAUCAUAAUUACUCGGAUUUCGCUCCUGGUUUCUUCGACGGCUAUCUCCCAAAUCCUGUUCUGCUUCCUGAGACACUGCCGGAAUUUCUAGCUCCAUUGCCAGUGGCAUCUUAUUCCUGCGAUCAACAUACUCCUCAUGAGAGUUAUACGAAGAAUCCCACUAGUAGAGUAAGCUUGUCUGCUCAGAGCAUUGCUGCCCGUGAAAGGAGAAGGAAGAUAACGGAGAAGACCCAGGAGCUUGGGAAGCGAAUUCCAGGAGGGAAUAAGUUGAACACAGCUGAGAUGUUCCAUGCCGCUUUCAAGUAUGUCAAGUACUUGCAGGCUCAAGUUGCAGUUCUUCAAAUCAUGGCGUCAGCCGCCGAGAAAGAACCAAUAAUGCAUGAUACGAAAGAACUCCAAGAUCAUCUUCUUGCAUCACCACUUAUUCAAGAGAAGUUGUACUCAGAGGCGAAGUGCAUGGUUCCCAAACAGUUUCUUCAAACCUCAGCUAAUGAUCGUGAAAUCCAAUCAAAGCUAUUGAUGCUCAAGGACAUUCAUGAUCAGUUGCAGAGAAUCAAUGGCGCCUGA